AUGUCCGACGUGGCUGAUGCUGGGGCUAACCCAGAGCCGAUGGAGGUGACAGGGCUUCUAACCCAGCCCAUCCUCCCCAGCCCUAUCAUCAACUGGAUACUCCCCGCGCGUGUUCGAAGCAAAGAGCACAACGACGUUGUCUUUGUCGGCGAGAGGCGUAUUCAGGUCAAGGAGGCACUCCCCAGUGGAAAUCUCGCAGAUGUCUUCGAGAAGAAUGACCUUACUGGCUCACCUCUUGGGGCCAAGGUUAUUAACGUCGGCACUCAGCUGCCUUGGGAAACCCAGGGAGCCCGCUCAUCCCGGUCAAUUGGACGCAUGGAAGCAGAGACUCUAGCCCCUCAGAUCCUAUUUCUCGCGUUGGAUUCGAACGAGCUGCUCUUUAUGUACUGCGCUGCAGGAAGAGAAGAUCCAUUCGUCACUCACUACCGACCACUACCCCGCGAUGUCAAUACCUCUGAAAAAUAUGGCCGACACAUCGCGGUUGACCCGAAGUCACGCGCGGUCGCAGUCAGUGCAUCGCGUAAUUUCUUCGGAAUUAUGUGGUUGAAUUCUUCCGAUGACCUCCAGCUGCAGAUGAUCCAGGGAAGACUGCAUCCAAUUCAAUCGGAAAAUUUUCUUAAAGUGAACGGCGAUAUCUUGUUCAUGGAAUUCCUGUAUCCCAAAGCCAUCGAUGACAAAAGAAUAAUCCUACUUCUUAUCAUUCACACAGAAUACACAACUCAGGCUCUGUUCUAUGAAUGGGAUGAGCUUCGCAUGGACGAGCGCCUUUCUCCCAACAUCACAACCAUUUCUCUGCCUGCACAAGACUUCCUACCUACCAUGAUUGUUCCCUUGGCCAAGGAAUCAUCAUUCCUGCUCAUCACCACAACAUCCAUGGCAAUGUACACACCUCAUAGCAUGAAUCGCCCUAUGAGAUACCCACCCAUCAUCCCCGAUACCGAUCCUUCUCAGAUCGGGCUAUGGACCCGCUGGGCAAGACCUUCGCGAAAUUGGCUCUACAGCCAGCGAUACGAUGGUAUCUUUUUGUGUCGAGAGGAUGGAUGGAUUUAUUAUCUCGAGUUUGGCAAUGAGGGUGAACUUGAAACCCAGACCUCUCUGGGUCAGCUCCACUGUGAUGUUGACACUGCAUUCGAUGUUUUGGAUAUGGGCCACGAAGGUGGCGACUUCAUCCUCGCUGCUGGAAGCCACGGUGACGGUGGGCUGUUUGUCCAAGAGGCACGAGACCACCCGAGAUGUGUCCAGCGUUUUCUCAACUGGGCACCGGUCACCGAUGCCGUUGUUGUGCCUUCAUACUCCGAAGACCCCUCCAAAGCUGAUCAAGCUCAUGAUCGGCUAUUCGUCUGUUCUUCCUCUUCUACGGGAAAUGGCGCGAUUACUGAACUGCGAUAUGGAGUCGAGGCUCAGGUUGGCGUUGCCGUCGCAUUGGGUGAAUUUUCGAACAUUCGUGAUAUGUGGGCGAUGGCAAAGGAGAUGACUGGCGAAAUUUACCUCAUGAUUACCGAUCCAAUUUCCUCGUUGCUCCUUCACACUACUUUCGACUUGAAAGACGGAAUUUCUGCCCUCCAGGAUGGUAUUGGCUUUGACACUGAACAGACCUUGGCAACAGGCUCUACGCGUAGUGGUUUUGUCGUUCAGGUCACAGAAAGAGCCACAUACAUUUCUAAGCCAGAUGAUCCUUCCUCCAGUCAAUGUGUUCCGCAUGACCCUUCUCAUGUUGUUACUGCAGUUACAGUUGAUAAGGCAGACUCUCUGAUUAUCAUGACUGUCAGCAGCCCAAGUGGGAUGUUCCUUCGUCUCGUUAAGAUCCUUGAAAACGCUUCUUUGUGUCAUCCUGUGGAUCCAGUUCCUCUCCAGAAAGCGCCCAUCUCUAUCUUAUACCAGACUUGGGGCACGACUGGGCUUAUCUUCCAGGGCACCAGUGAUGGCACAGUGCUAGUUUUCCACGUCAGCAACGACGGUUUUUGUGUUAAUCAACUCGCCAAAGUUAGUAUCUCAGUCGAUGUUGAAGACGACAUAUCAAGAGCAAUCGACAGUCUUGCUGUUAUUCGCAUGUCCACGGGGCGUGAAUCCAGUGCAUUCCUUUUCUGCGGUCUUCGAAGUGGCAUACUUGUGCCAUUUGAGAUAAAAAUGAACGGCUUUGGUCUUCAUAGUCUGGAUCAACAAGCACCAAGACAUAUUGGGAAGACCUCAAUAAUGCUCAAGGCUAUAGAAACUUUUGCCUUGUUCACAUGUGGCGGUGAGCUCUGGCGUAUUUCAUACGCCUCCGACAGCAAUCCCUCUGAUUAUUUCCUGUCUCGCGUCUGGAUCACCGAUCAAAGCUGGCCCGCAUAUUUCCCUACCGCCAUUUCCAGCUUUGACCUUGUUGCGGUAAAGGAUCCGGAGACUGGCUUCACAAGUGUAGUCUUGUUCUGCUUUGCCGACGAUAACCUUCUAGUCUGUUCUCUGGAUCACGAGACCAAAACUGUUCCACGGCGCAUUGAUGUCCCAGGAAAUCCCAACAAGCUGACUUAUUCAAAACACAUUCGACAUCUCGUUGUUUCCUACUCCGUCACUGAGCCCAAACUUGAAUCAAAUCCUCUUGGACGUGUCACAAAGUCAUACAUUGAAUUUGUGGACCCGGAUUCCCAGAACCCUGUUACUCGUAGUGACAGGUUGGCGACGUCGGACGGCCUGAUCCCAUGGAGACCAAGCGGGUCAUCCGGGGAGAAGAUCACCUGCAUCUUUGACUGGACUGCCCAAAAGAAUGGCAAUGAAUACCAUCUUAUUGCAAUUGGGACUUCGCUGCCCAUACCUGAUGACCCCAAUGACCUCCAAGGUCGGGUCUUGCUCCUGCAGGCUUCUCGGGAUCCCAACACUCCAGAACAGAUCAACUGUGUUGAUAAGUACGUGCAAAUGUUAGACAGACCAGUUUAUGCGAUGGCGGCAUACCGUGACAGCCUGAUUGUUGCCUCUGGAAAAAGACUUUUCCCGGUAGCUGCGAGGAACUCCGAGGUGAAAUGGUCUCGAGAUAUCACAGCUGUUCUUCCAUCUCCAGCCGUCGCAAUGACGGUGCAGGGGAACUUGAUCUAUAUCACAACAUCUCGCAGCUCUAACUUGGUCUACGAGAUUGUCAAGGGGGAUAUCGUGCACGUCGCGUCUGAUGCUAUCGCUCGGGAUGGCUUGUCGCACACUUUUAUCAAUGGACAUGGCGAGCAGUCAGAUAUGAUGUUCGUGAGCACUCGAGGUGGUGCUGUCCAGGUUUUCAAAUAUCUGGAUGCGAACAAUUACAAGGAUUUCCCUAUUCUUAAAGCUCGUCCGUCGGCUGAUCUUCCUGUUUCAAUGUUGAGACUCGUCCAAGGCAGCAAGUCCCCGCCGCUGUUGUUCACUACUACCACCUUGUAUGGUUUUGCCCUCAAUGGAUCAGUCUACCGCAUGCUGCUCCUUGAAGAAAACGAAAGGCGUCUUCUCGAGAGUCUCCUCAAAUUGUGCCUCAGGGACCAUGCUAUCUGUCCAUCUUUGUCGGCCAGGAAACGCCACAUCGCCGCAGCUAAAGAUUUUGCAACCACCAUGCAUAUUGAUGGGAACAUCCUGGCUCGUCUCGCCGAGCGCGAUGAACAAUACCUGAAGGAAAUGCUUGCCCAGUACUCUGUGAAACGGGCAGGAACUCCACUGGCUGCCCUGGCCGACGAGUUCUAUGAGGCGGCUCGAGGCGUCUUGGGAGAAUCUGAGAACCAUAUCCUGGCUGUGUUCAACUGGCUUCGGGCUGUUCUGCACAUCGAGUUUUGA